GGAAAAUAUCAAUGAUGUACCACAUAAAAUGGCUAUUGAACAGCUAUUCAUGACAUCCCCAAGCAGCUCAAGCCAAUCAGUGCCAUGGAUAGUGAAAAUCUGAAACCAGAGGAAAUCAUCAUGAAGGAAUUAAAAGUGACAGUAGAAGACAAAAUAAGAAUAGAGAAAGAUACUAGAGGUCAAAGUGAAAGUCUUAGAUGGUAUAGAGAAAGGAAAGGCAGAAUUACAGCAAGCAUUGCAAAAAGUUGUUGUUCUAAAGGGAACCCUGCUGCCACUGUAAAAAAUAUCUUAACAGUUGGUAAACCAGGUARAGGGCCAAAGUCACCACAUAUUAAGUAUGGUAUCGAAAAUGAAGAAAAUGCAGUUCAGAAAUUCAGUUCACAAAUAAAUGCUGAUGGUUGUCACUGCAGUAUUUGUAAAUGUGGACUGUUUAUUGAAGAAGAAACAGGUGUACUAGCUGCUACACCAGAUAGACUAGCAACCAUAGAUGGAGAAGAAGUGGUUGUAGAGGUGAAAUGUCUAUCUGCAAGCAGAGAUCUACCACCACUUGCUGCAGUUACUGCAAGAGAGAAAGAUGGCAACUUUGGAUUUAAAUUAGAUAAARGUCAAAUUGUUCUGAAGAAAAAGCAUAAAUUUUUCUAUCAAGUACAAAUGCAGAUGGCAUUAACUAAUAGGCUUAACUCUUAUGUAGUAAUAUUUACAAAUGAUAAAUUCAAUGUUGACAUYAUAAAGGUAAAAUUUGAUGAGCAGUUUUGGAAGGAAACAAAAGAGCAGCUGCUAAGUUUCCAUGCUAGACAUGUUGUACCUGCUCUUGUACGCCAGAGAUUCAGAUAGAUAUUCCUAAAUAUAAUUUUGUGAUCAUUAUAUUUAAAUUAAUAUAAU